AUGUGCCACACCAGCUGCUCCCCUGGCUGCCAGCCCACCUGCUCCGUGCCCGUGUGCUGCAAGCCCGUCUGCUGUGUCCGUCCUUGCUGUUGCCCGGCCUCCUGUGUGGCCCUGCUGUGCCGCCCAGCGUGCCCUGUGGUGACCAGCUGCCAGGCAGUCUGUGGAGCUGGCAGCUGCUCCCCCUCGUGCUGUGUGUCCAGCCCCUGCCAGUCCAGCUGCUGCCAGGCUAGCCCCUGCAGCCCUGUCUGCUGUGUGUGUAGCCCCUGCCAGUCUGCCUGCUGCGUGCCUGUCUGUUGCAAACCUACUGUGUGUGUGCCCUUGUGCUACAAGCCUGUGACCUGUGGGGUUGCUUUCUGCCAGGUCUCCUGCUGCCAACCAGCUUCCUGCACCUCCUUGGUCUGUGGACCCUCCUGUGCCCCCUCUUGCUGCUGA